GGUUUCCUGCGCGACACGGUUUGCAAUGGAGAGGCGGGAGUUGGAGAGAAGAGUGAUUCUCUUUCAGUGCUGUAUUGUCCCACGGGUGAGCGAGAGAGAGUGCUGUCCUCCUGUGUCUUCUCCAUCAUCAUCAUGCGUCAGGCACGCCUGCGGGGCUUCCAGGUCCGAAAGGAGCUGAGCUCGGUGCGCCAGCGCUAUGAGGACAUAGUGAGGGAGAUCGAGGGAGAUGUGAGCGCUCUCGUGUGGAAGGGCAGUGUGAUACCAACCCCUCAUUUCACUGCACCUCUUUCUGCAUGGCCUGCGGGUGGCGCACCAGCUGUCAGAGGUGAACAGCUCAGCCAAGGCCGUUCGACAGAGGAGGCAGGGGAUUUGGACGGGCAGGUUUAUGCACUGGUACCUGAGAGAGACUGCAACAGGGGCAGACUGGCCCACCAAGCUGCUGCAGCAGUACACAGAAAGUCCUCCACACCUGAGCUCAGUGUGACCUCAGAGUCAUGCACUGAGGGUGAAGCGAUGGCUGAUGGGAUGUGGAACAGUGUGACAGAAACGACCUCGGUUUGGGACAACAUGGCCAUGGAUGCAAGCUGUAGUCUGCUCCAGAAGAAAGGGCUCCAGCACCGGACUCGGGUCGAGGAUCUGCCCAGGACCCGGGAGCAUCUGCGCCUGCACCGGAACAGCCUGGCCAUGGAGCUGCUGUGGCUCCAGCAGGCAAUAGGCAGCCGCAAGAAGUACCUGGUGCUGAAGCAGAGGCUGGCAACUCCAGGCCGCUGAAGGUUCCCGUGGAGACCGAGACAUCAAUCUGACCAGAACCUCCCACCUUGCUGUCCAGGGGGCUGACUUUGUCUAGCGUCAG